CGUCGCACGCACCCGCCUCGGCGCCAGGCUCCAAACGCGCACGACCCCCUCGCCAUCCUCCCGCCCCACGAGUCCACGACCCGCCAUUUGCGGCUCUCGCCCGCGACGACGCGCACCAUGUAUACAAGUAAACAACUCCAAGCCGGCUCCGUUCCUCCCACGGCGUUCCUUCGCUUCUCUUAACCCCACUGGCCGUCGCUCAUCGUCUUCCUCUUUCCCCUCCUCCGCGGUCGCCUGGUAUUAAUUGCGCCAUGUUGCGCCGGGCCUUCUAAUUCGGUUCCCCUGACACACCUGUCGCCGGCUCGCCGCGGGAAACCGUUUUCUUUUUCCUGGCCCCGCCUCGGAGUUCGCGCCGCCCCCCGCGUGCCUGAGAUGCUGUCCUCCAGGCCGAGGUGAGACCUGGCUGGCCGCCCACGCACGCACGCGCCUUCCUUAUAGAUCCUUCUUUUCCGGCCCGGCUCGGGGAUCUCUCUACUCCUCUCGCUGUGCUCUUUUAUUGUUUGAUUAUUUCGUCCGGUGAUUCGAUUUCAUGAGCUGGGAUUCGCCGCGCAGAUCCGGGUCCUUCGAGGCCGGGCUAAGGGCCGCCGCCGCCUCGUCCGUUUCCAAAGAGCACAAGCCGUCCCCUCGUCUCCAGCGCAGCCGGUCAUCCGCCGGCGGCUCCUCCAAGGCGUCGCCGUCCCCGGAGCAGAGACGUCGCGGCGUCGGCGUUGGCGGCGCGAUGCAGCAGCGGGUGGCGCAGUUGGAGGAGGAGCUCUGGAGGGAGCAGAAGGAGAAGGCGCGGGCGGUGAAGGAGCUCGAGGAACUGAGGAGGGAUGGCGAGAAGGGUGGCGCGGAGAAGGCGCGGCUUUUGGAGCGGGAGGUGGAGAAGUCCAAGCAGUCGGAGCGCAAGAUGCUCGAGUCGCUGAUAUACCAGACGAAGCAGCUGGAGCAGACCAAGAUCUCGCUCGAGGAGGCCAAGCUGGAGAUCGCCGCUCUGCAGCAGGCCAACAAGAGCCUCGAGGCCGGGGCGGCGUCCCGGCGCGGCGGCAUGGAGCAGAGGAGCGUCAAGGACCUCGUGUUUGGCGGUGCGGACGAGGAGAUUAGGGUCCUGCGCAGCGAGCUCCGGACGGCGAUGCAGGGCGAGGAGAGGAGCCGCAAGGCUCUGGACGACCUCUCCGUCGCGCUCUCCGACGUGACCAUGGAGGCCAAGCAUGUCAAGAUUUGGCUCUCCGAGGCGCAGGCCGAGCUGGAGGCCGCCAAUGCCGAGGCUGAGCGGCUGCGCGGGGAGCUCGCUGCCGCCGAGGCUAGGCUGCGCGCCGUGUCCGACGAGCACGACCGGUGCAAGCUCGAGGCCGAGGAAUCGGCGACCUCGUGGGGCGACAAGGAACGCGUGUUCCUCGAGUGCGUGCGCGCGUCCGAGGAGGAGGUGAACCGGGCGCGGCAGGAGAACACCAAGCUGGUGGAGUCGCAGCGCGUGAUCCGCGACGAGAACGCGCGGCUGCGGGACAUCCUGAAGCAGGCCGUGGCCGAGGCCCACGUCGUCAAGGAGUCACUCGAGCUCGCCAGGGGCGAGAACGAGCGGCUCAACGACGUUGUCGCCGAGAAGGACAGCGCGCUGCAGAGCCUCCGCCAGGAGUACGAGUGCAUCAAGGUCAGCGAAGCCGCGGCGCAGGGCAGCCUCAAGGAGCUCAACAGCCUCUUCGCUGUGACAACAACUGCGUGCAGCACGCCCACGUCGACAAGGACCGCCCCCGUGCCGGACCACGGCUUUGAUCGGCACCUGCCAAAUGGUGUUGCCUCCAGCAAGAACGGAACACCGGAGGUGGCCUCGCGGCGAUGGAUGGCAGAGAAGCCAAGGACACCGGGCAGCCGGAGGUACUCGAUCGGUGAGCCGGGCAAGUUCAAGAGCGGCUUCUCGCAGUCCGCGCGGAUGGGGAACCUAAACCCGAAGGACCGGGUGUUCGCGUCGCUGAGUAACGUUGCUGAUCUCAAGUCCGCAGCAGAUGCUACCAUGGACGAUUUCGACGAUGAAUUCGACCGCUUUGACGAGAGCCACUACGAUGACAUAGAGCAUUCCAUGAAGCACAAGAAGAAGAGGCCGAUAUUUCGCAAGUUUGGUGAUUUGUUCAGGAGGAAAAGCUUAUACAAGACGAAUUUAGCACCAGUACACUCUUAAAUUUUCCACUCUAAUAUUUGUAAUUUUGUUCUGUUAAUCAGAAUACACGAGAAAUGAAAGGUUAUUCAAUCA